AUGAUAUACAAAUCCCCCUUUCCCGACAUCGCCAUCCCCGAAAGCAACAUCCUCUCCUACAUCUUCCCACCCACAACGACCCCUUCAGACAAACCAAUAUGGAUCGAUGCCCAGAACCCAAAGCACAGCCUCUCGCCCCGCCAAGGCCUCAAAUGGAUCAAACGCCUCGCCAGCAUGUUUGAUGUCCUGGGCGUGCCCAAAGGCAAGGUAGUCCUGAUCAUGACACCCAAUCACAUCUUCGUGCCUGUCGCGUAUCUGGGCAUCGUGGGUGCAGGUCGGGUGUUUAGUGGUGUGAAUCCGAUCUAUACAAUCAACGAGGUCGAAUUCCAGAUGCGGAAUACAGAGGCCGAAUUGAUUCUGGUGCAUCCGAGUUUGUUGGAAACGGCGGUCGCGGCGGCGGGGAAGGUUGGACUGGGUAAGGAGCGAAUCCUGCUGUUUUCAAAUGAGGAGUGUGAAGCGCGGGAUGGCGUGAGGGAUUGGCGAGCCGUCAAUGUACCGGACGCGGAAAGUUAUAAGUGGGAUGAGAUGAGGUCGAAUGCGAAGACGACGCCGGCCACGAUCAACUAUUCCUCUGGGACGACGGGGCUGCCCAAGGGUGUUGUUGUCUCACACCAUAAUAUCGUUGCGAACUCGGAGCAAACGAUUGUGAUGAGGGAUGCUGAGCAGCCGUAUGAGGCAUCUUCAAGGCCAGAGGAGAGGUGGAUUGGGUUCCUGCCGCUAUACCAUGCUUACGGUCAAUUGUACGCCUGCGUCAUGGCACCGAAACUUUUGAACCCCAUCUAUAUCAUGGUCAAAUUCGUCUACUCAGAUUUCCUUGCAAGCAUGCAACAGUACCGAAUAACGCACCUGCAGGCUGCGCCGCCUAUCUUAGUCAUGCUAGAUAAGCGACCAGAGACAAGCAAUUACGAUCUCAGCAGUCUGAAGAACAUCCUCUGCGGAGCAGCGCCUCUAUCCAAGGAGCUACAGAAUGCCGUGUCGAGGAAAUUCAAAGUGAAUGUAGUGCAGGGCUGGGGCAUGACGGAGGUGACAUGUGGAGCAAUACACGUGCCAGGAGGCCGGUACGAUGACUCAGGUAGUGUUGGCUUGUUGGAUCCGAACAGCGAGUGCAGGUUGCUCGACGAUGACGGGAAUGAAAUUGUGGAUGGCGAUCGAGGAGAGAUCUCUGUACGAGGACCACAGGUAUGUCUGGGCUACUGGAGGAAUGAGGCGGCAUCGAAGGAGACGCUGGACAGCGGUGGCUGGCUCAAGACUGGUGAUAUCGCACUGGUGAAAGAUGGCUGGUUCUGGAUCGUGGAUCGAAAGAAGGAGCUCAUCAAAGUGAACGGCCUACAAGUCGCACCUGCCGAGUUGGAAGCGGUGCUUUUGGAGAACGACCAGGUCGCGGAUGCCGCCGUCGUGGGUAUCACCUUGGGCCAUGAUGAGUGGCCGAGAGCCUAUGUGACGCUCAAAGAUGAGUACAAGGGGAAGACAACGGUGGAGGACGUACAGAAUUGGGUCAAGAGCAGGGUCGCAAAGCAUAAAGCCUUGGUGGGAGGCGUCCUGUUCAUCGAUGAAGUCCCAAAAUUAGCAAGUGGGAAGAUAAUGAGAAAGGUGAUGCGGGACUGGGCCAAGCGAGAUGCUGUGGAUUUGCAGAAGGCCAAGUUAUAG